AUGAGCUUCUCUCUUUCUCGGCAGGAGGGCAAUUUUAGCCUUUCCAACGCCCUAUAUAAGCUAUUUUCAACUGUAUUCAUAGGAUUCCUGCUUAUUGGAGGAUCAGUAACAGCGGCUGGUUUCUACGAAGAAGAAGGGUCUCCAGUUCGUGAACUUAAUCCCAAAACUUUCCAAAAAGAAGUGGUCAAUUCCAACUCAGUCUCAAUUGUCGAAUUUUAUGCUCCCUGGUGUGGCUACUGCCAAAAACUGCUACCCGAAUAUCUUAAAGCGGCAAAAUCUCUCAAAGGUUUAGCCACAGUCGCAGCAGUUAACUGUGACGACAGAAUCAACAAAGAGCUCUGUGCCACAUAUAAGAUUGAAGGGUUUCCUACAAUAAAAGUGUUCCGUCCUCACAAGGUGGAUCUUAGCGACAACAAUAAACGUGAUCUUAACAAGAGAAAUAUCCGGUCUCCACCUGCUGUUGAGGUCUACAAUGGCGAACGAAAAGCUGAUAACAUUGUUAAUUUUGUCAUGUCUCGACUCAGAAAUUAUGUGGCAGCUCUGAAACCUGGAAAUAUCGACGGAUUUCUGACUAGCGCCAAAACCGCCAAUAAACCAAAAGUUAUUGUUCUUGCUUCUGUGAAAAGUAAACAUUCUGGAUCAGGAGUGAUCCCGCCUCUUCUAAAAGCUCUGUCUUCGGAUUUCGUUUAUAAAUAUGCAUUCGGCUAUAUCGACCACAAACAGCCGGACAGUUUAUGGGAGAAGUUUGGUAUUUCAAAGGAUCCUCUUAAUGAGGAGCCCAAGCUCAUUAUAAUCCCUCCUCGCACUGGUUCAACAAGCGAAUCAGACAGCAAAGAUGAGUCCCCCAUCGAACCGAUUAUUUAUUCCGGAACACUAAAAAAGGCUCCUAUUGCAGAAUUCUUGGACACAUAUAUCAAAGAUCUUCGUCGAAACCUCAAGAAAAAGAAGGAAGAAGAGAAGGAGAAGAACCAUGUCCAAAAGGACUCAAAUACAGAACCCGAAAAAGAUCUCGAGAAAGAAGAAAAAUCGUCCAAUGAGCAACCUGAAGAAGAGCCUAAAAAGCAGCAAAAGAGGACUAUUAAAGACAAAGAGGAUCUUUAA